AUGAAGCUUCUUUCUUGGAAUAUUAGAGGGCUUGGUAGGCCUGAGAAGAAAAAGAGAAUCAAAGCAGUUAUCAAAGAAAGAAAAGUGGAUAUGGUGAUGUUGCAAGAAACAAAAAGGGCAAACAUUUCAAAUCAGUGUGUGAAGUCUAUCUGGCCUUAUGACCAAGUUGCUUACAUGAAUGUGGAUGCUGAUGGGAGUGCUGGAGGCCUGUUAUGUGUGUGGAAGCCUGAAGUCUUUUCUCUAGCUGACUGUUGUUGCAAUAGGAGCUUCAUCAUUCUAUCAAGUACCCUAUUUAAUAGCCUGAAUUGUGUGAUUGUGAAUGUGUAUGCCCUUAAUGAUGUGAGUGCUAGGAGAAGCUUAUGGGUCUCUUUGAUCAAUCUUAAGGUUGUCUUCCCCAAACCGUGGUGUAUAGGGGGGGACUUUAAUGAAAUCAAAUCAAUAGAUGAAAGGAAGGUUUGUAUAAGAAGGGACAAGGGAAUGGUAGAUUUUUGUAAUUUCAUAAGUUGUCUGGAACUUAUGGACUUCCCUAUGUUGGAAAGGAAAUUUACUUGGUGUAAUUCUUUGGAAGGUGAGAGAUGGAGCAGGUUGGACAGGUUUCUUGUUGGGCCAGAAUGGUUGGUCUGGUUUAGGUUCAAACUUUGGGGUCUUCAUAGAUUCAUCUCAAACCAUUGUCCAAUUAUUCUAAUAGAAGAUGAUAGAAACUGGGGCCCAAAGCCUUUUAGAUUCAUAAAUGCUGGGGCAUCUCAUCCCUCUUUUCUAAAUCAGGUGAAGAAAGUGUGGGAGGGUACUCAGGUGGAUGGAUGGGUAGGUUACAAACUAAAGAUUAAGUUGCAGGCACUUAAACAAUCUCUACGGCAGUGGAACUCUGAAGUGUUUGGGAAUAUGGAUUCUAAACUGAAGCAAGCUGAAGAGAAUUUGCAUGCCAUAGAUCUAAUUGUUGAGAGUAGAGAUCUGGAUGAGGUUGAAGGUAAAAGGCGAAGAGAGGUGUGGGGUGAAGUGUGGAAGCUCAGAAAGAUAAUGGAAAGAAUUUGGUUGCAGAAGUCAAGGUUGAACUGGAAUCUUAAGGGUGAUAAAAAUACAAAAUUUUUCCACAUCAUAGCUACUAAUAAGCAGAACACCAAUGCCAUUGAUUCCAUGUCAGUGAAUGGCGAAUUAGUGAAGGAACUUUUGGAGGUUAAAGAAGCUGUGUAUGAUCACUUCAGGGGUAGGAACAUCCUGGAUGGUGUACUGAUAGCUAAUGAGAUGGUGGAUUGGUGGAAAAAAUCAAGAGGAAAGGGCUUGAUUUUAAAGUUGGAUUUCCAAAAAGCAUAUGACACAGUCAAUUAG